AUGUCGAAGGCCUCCGGUUCUGAAGAUGAGCCAUUGGUGCCAGAUGACUUUGAUGAUGAUUUUUAUAGAGAGCUUGGUGAAAAGAUACCAGAGGCAACAAAGGCGCUGCGACAGAAGGAUACGCCCAACAAUGCAGACAAUGUGCAGCGUUUGCUCAUCUGUGGCACACGCUAUAAAAAUGAUUUGCGCCUGGAGGAGGGACGCUCGCAGGAGCUGCGUGAACAGAUUGCAGAGCUUGAAGCACGACUGGAGAAUGCAGCGCGCUUGAGUAAAUUGGAUAUGGCUACGGUUGAGGAGCUGCGUGGUGUCAUAGAGGGUGCCUGGAAGCAGAAGGAUGCUGCACAGAUACGUGAGCAAUCCGCUCAGGAUGAAGUGCUGGCGCUGCGACAAAAGCUCGACUCUUCAGAGCAAAUGGUGGCGUUUCUCAACGAACGGGGACAAUCAUUAAGCAGCAAACGUGACGAUGGCAAGGAACGCGAUAAACUAAACGAGGAAAUCAAGGAUCUGAACAAAAGACUGCAAAUACAGCGCGCCUAUACGGCUGAAGUAGAGACUAAUAUACAAACACUGGAGGCCAAGAAUAAGGAGAUACUCAAAUUAUUGGAUGAAACUUCAGCAGAUGCUUGCAACUUGAAGCGCAAAAGCGAUGCACUCACCAAGGAUCUAAACACAAUGAAAAGCGAUGAGACCAAAUACUUGGAGCAAAUUGCUCACAUCAAAUCAAACAACGAGCAUCUGACGAAAGUCAAAGUGCGACAAAACCUGCAGAUACUCUCGCUUAAAACGAAUCUGGAGCACUUGAACACACUACACAAUGCCACAUGCAAUAAGCUGGCCAAGCUGACAGUGGAUCUGGAGUAUACAGUGCAGGAGCGUGACAAGAACAAACGUGCGCUUGUGCAGCGCAUUAAUUUGCUAAAAGUACGCGAAGACGAGCUCAUAAAGCAGCGCCAGGAAAAUGCCAAGCUUAGCAAAUCGCAGGAAACAAUUGCGCGCAAAUAUGGCGGCCUGGAAAUGUCCAAGCAGGAAGUGCAGCAGGAAAAUCUGCGACUCAAAACUCAGCUGGGCACACAGGACAAGGAGCUGGAGUCUAUGCGCCGCGUUGUGCAUCACUUUGAGAAGAACAAUGAGAACCUAACCAAGGAGCGUGAUGUGCUCAAGCGUGACAUGCAGUGCGAGCAUCGCAGCGCAGAACAAAGCAAUGCUUGCUAUCAGGAAUCUCAGCAUGAGGUGCGCGCGCUUAAGGACAUUAUCAGCACCAUGGAUAUAAAGAUCAAAAAGCAAGCAGAGGACUUGAAAAAGCUCAAGAAGGAGAAAUCAAAGAAGUUGGAUGAAAUACAACAUUGGAUGGACAAGCUGGAUGUGCUGCAAAAUGAUAUACAUCUUAAGGAGAACUACGAAAUUGAAUUGAAGCGCACCAUAAGCGACCUGGAGGCCAAGUGCGCUAAGUUUCAGCAGCAACAUGAUGUGCUGGCCAACGAGCGUCAGAGUCUGCAGCGCGCGCUACAAACAACUGAUGAGGAUCGGCAGAAGCUGCGAGAUCAGCUGAGCAAUCUGCAGUCACAAAUUGAGGCGCUGAAGGCAAAGAUAAGCUAUCGCGAUGGCGAGCUGAGCAAACUGCAGCUGCAAAUCGAUCGCAUGGAAAAGGAGCGACGCAUGCUGCGCAACGAUGUGCGUCAUGCUCAGCUGGGGCAGCAGCACACCAAGGCGGAGCUGUUGGACAAGCGCAAGGAAAACGAUCGACAUGCCAAGUCGCUGCAGGAGGAUGAGCAGCGCCUUUCGCGUCUGCGCAAAGAAGUUGACAAUCUGAUGAACGAAAAGAAUUCGAUAAGCGCAGCGCUGACCAAGCGCAACGAGGAGUACGCGCGACUGCAGCACAAUUUGGAAAAUCUGCAGAAUGCACACGAUCAAGCGGAGCGUCAAUGCGGCCAGCAGCAGGAUGACAUGCGUCUGAUGUGUGUGGAGAUUAAGAAUUUGCGCACAGAGCGCAAUGUGUUGCGUGCGGAUCGAGAAAGUGCUGCCGAUUUGCGGCAGGAGCUGCUGCAAAUGCAGCGUAUACUGAAUCAGGAGCGCAUCAAGGCGCGCGCGCUGCAGGAUGAGAUGAUGACACCCAUGAACGUGCAUCGCUGGCGUCUGCUGCGUGGCAAGGAUCCCGAGAAAAUGGAUUUACUCGAGCGCAUUCACAUACUGCGCAAGCAAUUGCUUACCCAAAACGUGGCGGUCAUGGAGCACGAGCGUGCGCUCAGCGAGGCGCAACAGCUAUAUGCAGCGCUCAAGGAGUUUAUGCUCAAGUUGCCCAGCCACAAGGUGCAGGCGGAGCUAAAUACUGUCAAGGCAAAUCUUUCUGCGAAGGAACGCAAGCUCAAGGUGCUGCUGGCCGAGCUGAAUGCCAAAGAUGCUGACGAAAAGUCCAAUGCGGUUAAAUUGGAUGAGCUGCGCUGCAGCUUGGCACAAACGAAAGUGCAGCUGCUUGAGGAGAAGCGACGCAAGCAGAAGCUUAUGGAGGAGCGUCAGUUGUUGGAGCAAAUGCAGGCGCAUUGCUACUCGGCGCCAGCUCAGCUGCCACGCACUUUGGGUGCGGGCUUCAAGAUGGUCAGCACGCUGCUUUAGCAAAUAAACUUCAUCUACAGAA